AUGCCACUGUCUUGCUUUUAUUUAAUUAAAAAAGAUUCCAAACGUAUAAAAAUUUCCAAACACCUUUCAAAGCACUCAAUGUGGCUGCGCCAACACUUUCAGAAUGAAAAUAUGGAAAAUCAGUCAGAGCAAAUGUUCGGCGAAUUUAUCGACCUGGUGGCACCUCUGAAUUAUAUUCACAAAUAA